ACAGAAUAAGAAGCACUUCCGCCAAGCUGUUUCCAUGGCAAUGAAACAUGGCGCCUGGAAGCGGACUGAUCCUGUCGUCCACUCCUCUGCAGGUCCUUCUCUACCUAAACAGCUGGUACUUUGCAGCCUUCUACGUGGCUGAGAUCCUGAUCUUCUUCUACAAAGGAAUACUACUCCCCUACCCACGUGAUAAUCUGGUCCUGGACUCGGUCCUUCUGCUGCUCUUUCUCGCUCUGGAGACUCUCAGGAUCUUUUAUGGUCUGAAGGGGAACCUCUGUGAGCGCUCUCUGGCCCUGUGUUUGUCUCUCCUCAUCCUCCUGCCGUGUGCUGCGUUGGCCGUUUACUACCUGCUGCUGCAGACCUUCGUCCUGCGGCUCGAGUUCAUCCUGAGCGCUGUGCUGCUCUGUUUCUAUGCCCUCGAGUUCCUGCUGGGGCUGCUUUCCGUGUCCGCCUUCUCCAGGUCCAAAGUUUACUGAAGAAGAAUCGAUUGGAACAGAAGCAGCAGGAGAAUCAGCAGGAUAUUUACACUGUAAAUAAAAUAUUUUAUAUUUUUGGAGUGUUUUUAAAACUGUUUUUUUACUGUUGGUUUAUAGAAACACGUUUUUAGAACUGUCUGAGCUUAUUAUGUUUAACUGGUUCUGAUGAUGGACUGGUCUGUUUAAAUAAAACUCAUUUUAAAUUU